AUGACCCUCACUCACCAAGAUGGCGGCUGUGGGGAGGUCCCUAGUCCUGCACCGCUAGUGACCGCGAGGAGGAAGCAGGAGGCACAGAGACGCGAGAUCCGGACCUUGCGCCGGGAGACACUUGCAAGUCACUCGGGUUACCUCCGCGCAGGGAGCAGGGUGCAGGGCGCCCACCCCUGCGACGUCCUGGCACCGUCCCUCGCCAAGCCAGCCGCGCGCACCGGUGGUGGGCGGGGCCCGGGCCCCCCAACCGCCGGGCAGUGGAGCACCAUUCAGGCGCCUCAGAAUGGCAUCCGGACAGAGACCUCUCUGCUUUUGGGUCUUGGCGCUGCCCUCUACCUGGGCUACUACUGGGCACGUGUGCCCCAGAGGUGUCAAGUGGUGACUGGGUCCUGGUGUCUGGCCUUCCUCGAGCCAGUCACUGUGGAGACUUUCUACCCUACAUUAUGGUGUUUCAAGGGGCAGCUACAAAGCAUCUUCUAGAUCUUACUGCAGUCUCGGCCUCUAGUCCCUUACCACAGUGAAGUCCUCCAAACACCAGAUGGAGGACAGCUCCUGCUAGACUGGGCUGGUCAGUGUGACAGCAGUCAAUACCCUGACCCAGCCACCCAGCCCAUUAUAUUACUGCUUCCGGGUAUCACAGGCAGUAGCUGGGAGACAUGUAUCUUGCACCUGGUUAACCAAGCUUUAAGGGAUGAUUACAGCGCUGUCGUAUUUAAUAACUGGGGCUGCUGUGGGGAAGAGCUGUGGUGAACCCACAGGGCCUUUUGUGCCAGCACUACCAAAGAUCUGGAGACAGCCAUGAGCCACAUGCAGUGCCAGUGCUCCCAAGCUCCUCUGCUAGCCUUUUGGAGGGUAAAGGCUGCCUGGAUAUCAGAGCUGAACUACCUGGCAUGUAUGGGGCAGGCUGCAGGGGGGUAGCAGCACUGACUCUGGGCAUGCUGGGAUUCCUUUGAGACCACCUGCUCCCUGGAGACCCCACUUAACUCACUGCUCUUCAGUCAGUACCUCACUGUUGGGCUCUGCCAAGUUGUGGACCAAAAUAGCAAGGUGAUGCUAAAGGUGGUAAAUGUAGACUAUGCACAGGUAUAGCCCACAGUUCACCAGUUUGGUGAGUGCUACACAACUGGGGCCUUUGGGUAUCAAGAUUGUGUUGCCUACUACCAAGCAGCAAGCCCAAGAACCAAGGUAGAUGCCAUCCAGAUCCCUGUGCUCUGCCUCAGUGCAGCUGACGACCCCUUCUCCCCAGUCAGUGCCCUGCCCCUACAGGCUGCCCAAUGCUCUCCCCACGUUGCCCUGCUUGUCACAGCCCUGGGGGGACACACUGGCUUCCUGGAAGGGCUGUUCCCCUGGCAGCAUAGCUACACAAGCUGCCUCUCCCAUCACUAUGCCAAAGCCAUGCUCCCCCACCCAGCCCAGCUGCUUAGCCUCGGGGCUCCCUCACCUUCUGGAGGAGAAAUGAGCUGACAGGAGCACCUC